AUGAAGGGAGGGAGGAUGCACGGGGAAGGCCUCUACGUCUUCCAGGACAGGAGGCAGUUCCGAGGGAAGUUCGAGGGAGGCAACCCAGUGUCAGGCAGGAUGAGGGAUGAAGCUGGAGCUCUGCUGGGUCUGACGUUCGAUGGGGCCCAGCCGAUCUGGGAGGAGCCGACGCCUGUGCAGCGCGAUGAGCUGCCUGCUCGCGUCCUCCCGGAGUUUCGGCUCGACACCUGCGCCAGCAUCCUCCUUUCGCAUGCCCAGGAACAGCUCCCUCCUCCUCCUCAGCUCACCCCCCACCAUUACAGGCACAUGCGCGACGUCUCAGCUCGGGUGGUCUGGGCUCGUCCAAGCUACGCUGACGUUCCUCUCUGGAACGCCGCGGAGGUUCGCGGCAAGAUCGUCGCCGUCCUGCGAGGCCCCAAACCUCCAGCAAGGGCCGUACCUUACAACAUCAAGGUCCUCCAUGCCCAGCAGGCUGGAGCUGCUGGGGUCGUGCUGGUGGACCCCGAGAUCACGACGGAGCCGUUGAUCGCGCGAGUUCACGACGAGCCGGCGGUCAAGAUCGUGAUUCCUGUGUGCGCGACGGUCAACACGCCGAACAAGCCGCGGGGGAGCAGCCUGCUGGUCAACGACGCGAUGGUGAGCAUGGUGUUCGCUCCUCUGGGGCUCAAGUGGAUCCCGCCGGGGAUGAAGAUCGGCUUCAUCAAGAUCCCUCCCCAGCAGAUCGGCGACCUGUCGCUGAGCAAGAGCAAGGAGCAGGAGCUCAUGAAGCAGUUCUUCGAGGCACGGAAGCAGGAGAGGAAGCAAGAGGUGUCGAUGCUGCAAGAGCAGAAGAACAAGGCAGCGAGCCAGCCCGACGCCUGGGACCUCGGGAAGGAAUGGUUCUCAGGUCACCUCCUUGACUCGCUGAACCCCCGCAAAGAAGACCCUGGGCUGGACACUGCUCAGGCCGUGCGGGAGGGGCUGAAGAGGAAGACGAGGGCCAUCCUUGAGAAGUACGCGAGCGCGGAGCAGGCGCAGAAGCUGCAGCAGACGGCAGAGGUGGGAGCAGCGUUCUUCUCAGACCUUCUCCGAGGAGCGAGAGCCUCUAUGACAGGGGAAAGCGCGCAGACGUUCAUGCUUCCCUCCUACUUCCUUGCUUGGAGCCCCGAGCAGAAGCUGCAGGUCGUCAUGGACGAGAUCCGAAGCAGCUCCUCGCUGCGAGCUGAGAAGCUCCGGGCAGCAGCUGAGUGUCUGCAGGGGGUAGGGAUGAAGUCCAAGUUCGUGCAGGCCGGGGGGGUAGAGCUGGUGCUGCAGGGGAUGCAAGGGAACAUGGAGGAUGAGGAGGUUCAGGUGGAGGGCUGCCGGGUGCUCACUGAGAUGGCGAUCGAGGAGGGCAUGCGGGAGGAGCUGGGGAGGAGGGGAGUGAUCGCCUGCGCUAUCGACGUGAUGAGGCGGCACGGGAGGAACGAGGGACUCCAGCAGGACCUGUGCUCGCUGCUCGCCCUGCUGGCCUGCGGGAGCGACGACAACGUGCGGAGAAUUCAGGAGGAAGGAGCGCUGGAUGUGAUCCUGGAUGGGAUGCGGGGGGAGGAGGACGGGGAAGCAGCUUCAAUGGAUCCUGCGUGGGAAGAACUUCUUCCUCGUCUGCCUUCGGCUGUGCUGACCUUCAGCUCGUGA